AUGAAAGUGAAUUCAGAUAGUGAUUAUAACAGCGGCAACAAGUUCAGAAGACUUAACGUGCCUCUUACGCUAAAGUCUAGGGUUGGGAAGUUUCUGAGCGGUGUGAUGCAGGACGUGAUGCGGGAGCAGGACAAGCCUCAAAAGUUCUACCGUGCUAUCACGGAGGAGUUGAAGCUCUUGAAGGAUUGUAGAGAUUCUGCUCUUAAACAAAUGCUUAAGAUCGAUUCCUGUCUGGAAGACAUGUUUCAAAGGAGGAUUGCAGAAUUAGAAGAGAAAAAAUGUAAACUUGCUAUACAAGAUAUAAUGUAUCUUCUCAUUAUAUUCAAGUUUUACGCGUUUGAUGUAUCUUUGGUUCCAAAGAUUUCAAAAUGCUUACGCAAUGGAAAGCUUGAGUUGCCUGAUAUGGAAAGAAAGCUAAAGUAUAUUCAAAGCUGGGAACUUUGGGACACCAUAAGGGAAAUUCUAAAUUUGAUAACUUUUGCAGCUGAUAGUUUCGGAAUGAAGCUCAUCACCAAAGAUUUGUUUGCUAAAAUGUAUGUUGCCAGCAUAUUAUAUGGCUACUUUUUAAAAUCGGUUUCGUCAAGAUAUGAACUAGAAAAACGCCAAUUUUUGUCUGACCAUGAUCUUAAUACUGGACAUGGAUCGAAAAACGUGUUCCUUGGUAAGCAAGAAAUUGAAAAUGGAACUUUGAAAGAUUAUGUAAAGGGCUUUAAGCGACCUAGAUUAGUGUUGGAUGGUUGUAAAUUGAGAUAUAAAGAAGCUUUGCAACUGAUAGAGAGUCAUACUCAAGCCCUUUUUGAGCAUAAUAAGGAAUGUGGUUUGAAUGAGUUUGAUGAUGAUGAUGAAGAAGAUGAUAGGUUUAUUGAAGCUUCAUUUUCUAGUAUAAAGAGACUACUAUGGGAAGGUCUUGCUUUUGGAUCUUUUCUGUGGAUGGCAGAAGAUUUCAUUGAUGGAAUAUAUAAGCUUGAAGAACGUGAAGCCAAGUGA